AUGACUUGGAACCCCAUCCCAAGGGGGCCUCUGAAAUCAGCCCACAAGAGGUUGAUCAUCCUUUUUCUCACUCCUUCGGAAAUACUAGAGGAGAUAGAGAAGGAAGAAGAAAGAGAUAAAGACACUCCUCCCCCGUCAGAUGAAUCUAACAGAGAUGAUGAUGACAACGAGGAAGAUGAAGAUGAACCUCCUUUCCAAAGGAGGAGCAUUCAAGAGGACUUCUUCCUAGAGGAAGCCUCUAGCGGUGAAGACUGCUUCUAUUAUGGCGACGACUCUAACGAUGCUGUUGGAGGCACUAAUGGUGGCGGUCCUGAGGAAUACUCAGACGCCUACAGGUCAAGGUUUCCUACGGAUUAG